AUGACGACCGCUCAAAAGAUCAAGGACAUUGAGGAUGAGAUGGCGAGGACGCAGAAGAACAAGGCUACGGAGUACCACCUUGGCCAACUGAAGGGUUCGUUGCUUCUCUUGUCGUGGCGAGCGCCGCUCUACAGACGCAUACUGACCUCAGCCAAACUUGCGAAGCUCCGCCGAGAGCUGAUCAACCCUCCUGGUGGUGGCGGUGGUGGUGCGGGUAUCGGUUUCGACGUCGCGCGAACUGGAGUAGCCACGGUUGGAUUCGUAGGAUGGAAAAUCGACUCUGAUGUCGGGUCUGACGCCGCUUCGUACGAGUUCACGACUCUCACGACUGUUCCCGGAACCAUGGUCUACAACGGUGCCCGCCUGCAGAUUCUCGACCUUCCCGGUAUUAUUCAGGGAGCCAAGGACGGCAAGGGUCGUGGUAAGCAGGUCAUCGCUGUCGCGCGUACCUGUAACCUGAUCUUCAUCGUUCUUGACGUUCUGAAGCCGCUCAACGAUCUGAAGAUCCUGAUGGACGAGUUGGAGGGCAUGGGCAUCCGUCUGAACAAGAAGCCGCCUAACAUCACCAUCAAGAAGAGGGAGACUGGUGGUGUGCAGAUCACGAACACCGUCCCCUUGGACAUUGAUCACGCCACCAUUAAGGCGGUUCUGAACGAGUACAGGAUGUCGUCGUGCCAGGUUUCCAUUCACGAGCCGAACGCGACCAUUGAGGACAUUAUUGACGUCUGCGAGGGUAACCGGCUGACAAAACAGGAGGAGCUUGACCUGCUUUACAAGAUCCCUAACAGUGUUCCGAUCUCGUCCAAGCUCUGGCUCAACGUUGAUGACGAGCUCAAGGAGGAGAUGUGGAAGAAGCUCGACCUCGUUCGUGUCUACACGAAGCCGAAAGGAAAGCAGCCCGACUACACGCAGCCGGUCGUUUUGCGCCGCAGCCGCUGCAAGGUCGAGAACUUCUGUGACGCUAUCCACAAGGACAUCAAGCGGCAGUUCAAGCACGCCAUGGUUUACGGUACAUCAGCCAAGCACUCGCGAGGCCAGAAGGUCGGUCUCGACCACGUGCUGGAGGAUGAGGAUAUCAUUACGUUGUUCAAGAAGUAA